UUUUCCUACUGUAACAAAAUGUCUUGUGGUGGAGGUAGAAGUUUAAAGUAGCAUAAACUGGAAAUACUCAAGUACCUCUAAUGUGCUUAUGUUCAGACCGUACAGUUACUUUCCACCACUGGUGUGUGUGUGUGUGUGUGUGUGUUUGUUUUGUGCUUUCACAAUCGACAUAGGCAGGCUACAACUGGAAUGGCAGUCCCACAAGUGGGUGUGUCUAUGGAGGCAGGUAAGCCGUGUCCAAACCUGCUCACCUUGUCUGCUGUUGCAUCAAAACAGCUCCACAUACCUGCAUUUAGUAUACUGGAACCUUCUGUCUCUGCACUUCUCUCAAUCUGUCUUCAGAUCAAAGUGUUAUUGCUAAAAUAGCAGCUAUGCCGGUCAUAGUGUUUUGUUCCAACGUGAGCGGUUCCCGAGAGAUAAAGACAAAACAGAACAAAAUCUUUCAUGUCCUGGAUGGCAAGAAGAUUGCCUACGAAACUGUCGACAUUUCUGAGGAUUCUAAAAAAAAGGAUCUAAUGAGGAACCUGGCAAAGAACUCAACUGCACUGCCUCCUCAAAUAUGCAAUGGGAACAACUACUGUGGGGACUAUGAUGCGUUUGACAAUGCAGUCGAGGAAGGAACUUUAGAGAAGUUUCUCAAACUCUAAAAGCAAUGGAGACCUGCUAUGGGACAACAAUGAAUCUAUAAAAUACUAUAUUAACAUUUCUGUGUCCUUUUAUUUGAUUUGGUUAUCAAGGAACUGUACAUUUUCCAUUUGUACUUGCCUUCUUUUCAGGGAAAUCCUAAUGGGAAUUUUUGGAGUUGCACAUCUGAACAGUUUGUAUGAUUAAAAAUAAAAAAUUCUUAAUAUCGUUUGAACUCUA